ACAAUUGGUAUAUUUCUUAUUCACUUGCUCUCUUUCUCUAUUUGCAUGCGUCUCUCUUGAUAACCAUGGAGACUUUGAAGAAUUCUUAUGGGAUACUAGGUACUGCAUCCCCUUCUUUCUUGUAUACAUCGUUAUCUAAUACCUCCGACACUUUGAGUAUCAAAUCUGUAUCACAUUUACCUCCAUGCGUAUUGAAUCAUUCCCCAUGGGAUGAUCUGUAUCCUGAUCAUCCAGAUUCCGAUCAUCAACAAAUUCAGGGUGAGGAGAAACAUGAUGUGAUGAUUAUGGAAUCUGACCCUGAAGGUGAAGAAGUAAAAAACAACAAUCUAAAUCUAUUUGAAAGUGCUAUAGAAAUUAUGGAAGAUCAAGAAAGGCAGAAAGGGAAGGACAAGGCAUCUAAAAGAAGGAUGAAGACGGAGAAAGAGAAACCUCAUAUUGCAUCAAGUUCUACUAUCACUAAGAGAGUCUGCGAGUAUAAUGAUAGAAAGAUAUGGAAGUAUAAGGGAGAGACCCAUUUGACAGGCUCAUUUUGCCAUUGUCAUCACAAACAACUUCGGCCUCACAACUACACAAAAAUUUGCACUGCUUUGAAAGCCAAUUGUCAAAAUAAGAAAAAGAAGAAGAAAAAUGUGGCAAAAAGAGUCUUUGAUAGUAGUUCUGAAUACUAUUACUACUAUGCUGGAUUUGGACCUUGUCGAGCAAAGGAGAGAAGAACUCGCGGACAUGGUAGUGAAAAGAGUAUGAUAACUAAAAAUACUGACAAGCAGUUGGUCUGUACAAGUGUUGGUGAUGGUGAUGAUGAUCAUGAAAAUAUAAACCAACAAAAUGAUCUACAAGCUGAUAAUGAUAAUAAAGGAAAAGUGAAGGAGAAAGAAACUGAGAAAAAAGUGAGAAAGCCUAUAAAAUUUCGUUCCCUCGGGUCAUUUUUGUAGAAUAUUUUCAUCUCUCAAUAUUUUGAGAGAAAAAAUAUUUUCUCAUAGCCUAGUUUCUAUCAGUUAUCUUGAGAAUAUUUGUGAUAUCAGUUUAA